AUGCUCGGGCGCUUUGGCCUCGACUCUCGCGAGAGAUCGGCGAUCCUGACCGCGGCCGGAGGAUCGCUAGACGUCGUCACCAUGCGUGAGAAGCUGAUGCCGAGCUGGGAAGACGAUGGCCUAGCAGAGCGCGAUGGACAGGCCAAGUGCCCGAAUGCAUGCGCUGCCCAGCUUGGUGAGGAUGACCGCGCAUGGCUAGAUGCCAGGGAGGGCGACCUGGACGCGGGCAGCUUCGCGGUGGGUCAGGGGCCCCCAGGGGCGCGCGAUGAGGGGCCUGACCAGGCCGAGGCCGACGAGGGCGACAUCGAUGCGCACUUGGCAGCCCAGCACGAGGAGGCGGAGGCCCUGCCCGCGAUCCACGCGGGUGGCGCGACAGGCUCGCCAGACGCGAGCGCGAAAGUGGCCGCCUGCAGAAAGGAACUGAAGUUCAACCUCGCGGCCGCGAUGGUCGCCGAGCAGGAGACUGGGGACUCGCCGCGCGAGGCGACGUCUGCAGAGCAGGCCAUGCGCGAGGGCAGGGGGAUCGUCGACCUGUUUUGCGCGGGCGCCAUGGGAGGCGCGCGCGCGCUCGACAUCGUUGCCCGCAAGAACAUGGAGAAGCACGGGGAGACGAGGCUCCACGAAGUGAACAUUGACUACCGCCCGGUGCACAGCUUUGGGAUUGGCAAGAUGGAGCGCGCCCAUGGCCGGGCGAAGUUCGGGAUCGCGGGCGCGGGCGUGCAGGGCGACGUCGCCAUCGGCGACUUCGCGAAGGAUGUCCCGAUCCUCGUGUUCGAAAUGCUGGAGAAGCUGGGGGCCGUCGUGGAUGGCGACGCAGGUGUCGCAGCGUUCGCGAAGCUAGCCCCGGGCGCCCCAGUCCAGCAUGAGGAGCCGCCAGACGGCGGCCACUACUACAUGAGCUUAGCGCAUGACCUCCUCGAGCAAAAUGUCAAGGACCCGGCCGAGCUGCAGAAGCUCAUCGAGAUCGGCCGUCACAUCUCUGAGCGGGGCCGGAAGAGUGCAGCUGCGAGCCAGGAGUCAGAGCAGUACCAGGCGGAGGCGGCGAAGGUGAUCGAGGAGGUUGGCCUUCCCUUCAGCCUCGCCUGGAGCUCGGACGAGUUGAAGCAGGCGCAGACGGCAGCGAAGGGCAUCAGCUCCAUGAGAAAGACCGAUCUGAUCGAGAAGGCGACCGAGAUCGGGGCCCGCGUCGCGCCGAACAUGACGAGCGCCUCGCUCAAGUUAGCGAUGCGCAGAGCAAUCCCGCAGGAGACCGCGCCGGAGCCGACCGACUACAUGGGGUUCGGGAAGCACGGCGCCACGACCUACCAGCAGGUCCUGAACCGGCGCCCGUCCAGCGCCGAGUGGACCAAGAAGGGGGCGAACGCCAAGGUCAGCUGGGAGCCCAUCAGGCUUGUCUCGUGGCUCAACGGGACAAGGGUCGCCCAUUUUGAAAAGCAGAUGGCCGGGGGCUGCGCGAAUGUCCAGGUGGAGCCGACCGAGGCCCGAGGGGGCGCGAGGUCAUCCCGCAGAUGGACGGCGGGCGCUCUGAGGGAGGACGAGCUCACGGAGGAGGGGAAGCAGGCGGUGGACCUGGAGGAGAAGCAGGUCAACCGCCGCGCCCAGGAGGAGACGCCGUCGGCGCUGGGCCAGCUUAACCAGAGCGGGUCCCAAUCAGAAUGGCCUGGACGGAGCCUGAACUACACCGAAGAGCCGGACCCGAGGAAGCAGCGCUGGCUCGCGAAGUGCAUCAAGGAGAACGACCACACCGAGGACCUUGAGGCACUACUCGCCCAUGGAAGGGUCAAGCUACUUGAGGUGGCCUGCAGUCCUGCCUCCAUCCUGAGCGCGCAGAUGGCCGAGAAGUGCGGCGAGGACGCAAUCCGACGCGCCAGCUCAUGGAACGGGCACAAGCUAGGAACCCCAGAUGGGAGCCAGAAGGCCAGCGAGACGCGCGACGAGUCGGAGCCGGACCACCUCUGGAUCAGCACGAAAAGUGGACCGCUCUCGACGCUCACCCUUGGCUUCAACGGCCCCAACCCUGCGAGAGCUGAGGCCGCCAGUAAGCGCCGCCUCCAGGCGAUCAAGGAGCGCGAGGGUGCGGUGCAGCUAGUGUACGAUCACGUAGCACAGGGCAGGCACGCGCACUGGGAAUGGCCCAUCAAGCGCGAAAGGUGGGGCCACGCCAUGAUCCGGCAGAUGGUGGAGGACGGGGCGAGGGCCGCGGUCAAGGUGGCCAGGUGCCAGCUCGGGGUGAAGAACGAGAGGGGCGACCCUCUUCUGAAGGAGUGGCUGAUCGCCACAACAUUCCCGAAUAGGGCGGCGAGGAAGGCCAUGGAGUGCCCAGGAGGCCAUCUACACGGUGAGCUCACAGGAGGCGGACCCACCACAUCCACGGGCUACUACACGGACGAGCUUGCGAAGAGGACAGCGCGCGCCAUGAUCGAGGAGAGAGCCCCAUGCUACCGCGAGCUCUGGAAUAACAUGACCGAUGCCGAUGCGCAGGGCGAGCGCGCCCAGGCCGCCGGCAAAGAGAAUGCCACCAUGCACGCGGGCCCGAGUUCCAAGGAGAUCAAGUCGGAGUUCUCACUGAUCGAACAGGAGAACUGCAUGGCGAGGGUCAGCAAGCUGCCCCACCACAUGGUGGGCGAGGUGGGCCCUGAGGGCCCAUGGAUGUCAAAACAAGCUGCGGAGCACUUCGACUCUGACUCCACCGUGCGCGAGAAGAUCCCCGGGCAGGGCGAGAACAAGGGCCAGUUCAAGGGCCUCGCGCGGGUGCUCGCCGCGGAGACCAGUCGCCCGGUGGACGGCGACCUCAGGGAGAACCAGACCUUGCAUCCAGAUCGGGCUGGGCCCGUGGUCUGGCUGGCCCGGGCGGGCCGCGUCAUCGAGGUGGGGCCCUGGGUCGGGCUGCGAGGCGCAUGGCCGCAUGCGCGGCGAGCCAGCUGCGAAAGGGGCAGGCGAGAGAUCUCGGAGGGGGCCCUCGCCCCGGACGAGGCGGCAAAGUUCAGCGUCGCGACGGCCACCGAGGUGGACAACUACGUCAUCUCCUUUGUCCUGGAACCCCUACCACCGGGGGGCGCCCCGCCGCCGGAGGGCGCCAUGCGCGCGCGGUGGGCCCUCGAGUGGAAGAUUGACGAGAACACGGGCGACAGGAAGCCAAAGGCCAGGAUCAUGGUUCUAGGCUACAUGGGCCCAGACUACGAACACCGCCCGACGACAGCACCCACAAUGACACGGAAAUCUCGACAUGCGGUGCUGCAGGUGAUGUCAUGGCUUGGCUUCGGGGGGUUCAAGGCAGACGUGGCGGGGGCUUUCCCGCAUAACCCGGAUAUCCAGCACGACCUCUUCGCGGUGCCAGUCAAGGAGCUGCGGAAGGCCGUGCACGGGCUCGCGGAGGCUGCCAUCGAGUGGUUCAUGACAGUCAGAGAGGCUCUUGAGGAGUUCGGCUGGGCCCAGAUGAAGAUGGGCCCGUGCGUCUGGGCGUUGCGCGGCGAUGCGCGUGGCCAGGGCAGUUGCCUCACCAGGAAGGCGCUGCUGGACUUCCUGGAUCCCGAGAAGCUUGACAGGCUGAUCGCGGCGAAGUGCGACCUCGACAUCAUAGCUAUUGCCGGCUCGCACGUGGGCGGCUUCCUGAUUGGGGCUCGCAAGAAGAUCGAGGAGCGCUUGAAGUGGAAGACCUGGGAGACGGACGAGUUCAUGCGGACUGGCGCCCGGGUCGAGCAGCAGGCCGACAAGAGCUCCCGCAUGGAUCGGAGCGAGCCCAUCAAUGCCAUCGAGAAGACAGUCCAGUCCCCCGAGCGAAAGAAGAACAAGGACGCACCGACUACCGACAAGUAG